CCUAUCUCAGUCAUUGUAGGUGUGGGCCCUUCAUGCAUGACAGGUAUGCUGAUAGAGAUUACAGGAGGAGUGAAGACUGGAGAAAGGAGAACUAUGCCUUUAGAACGUUGAGGACGACUUCACAUUGCAAAGGACAAUUCACAAGGGGGUGACCCACAAAGAUGGUGAUUUUAGCAAAGGGAGACCACAUCUGGUUGGACCCAGACCCUAAGACCAAAGGGGAGUUUGAGGUGGCGGUGGGGGCAGUUGUACGCAUUUCGGACUCGGGGAAGAUUUGCGUCGUGGACGACGAUGGCAAGGAACACUGGAUUAAAGCAGGACAGAAAGUCCGUCACAUGCACGCGACAUCGGUGGAAGGCGUUGAAGACAUGAUUGCCCUUGGUGACCUUCACGAAGAGGCCAUUCUUAGAAACCUGUUCACAAGAUAUCAGCAAAAUAUGAUAUAUACAUACACAGGUUCCAUCCUGGUAGCAGUAAACCCCUACCAAGUGCUCCCUAUCUACCACAGUGAACAGAUCAAGGCAUACAGGGACAGGAAGAUAGGAGAGCUGCCACCACAUAUAUUUGCUAUAGGAGACAAUGCUUACCACAGUAUGAUGAGAUAUAGGCAUGACCAGUGUGUGAUUAUCAGUGGAGAGUCUGGCGCUGGUAAAACAGAGAGUACCAAGUUAAUCCUUCAGUUUCUGGCCGCGGUCAGUGGUCAGCACUCUUGGAUAGAGCAACAGAUUCUGGAGGCUAACCCUAUCAUGGAAGCCUUUGGAAAUGCCAAGACAAUACGUAACGACAACUCUAGUCGCUUUGGCAAGUACAUAGACAUUCACUUCAACAGCAAAGGCUCUAUAGAAGGUGCCAAGAUAGAACAGUAUUUACUGGAGAAAUCAAGGAUUGUCAAUCAGGCCCAUGAUGAAAGGAACUACCACAUAUUCUACUGCAUGCUGGCAGGCAUGACCAAACAGCAAAUGGCAGAGUUGGAGCUAAAGGAUGCCACACACUAUUACUACUUGGUUCAGGGAGGAGACAUUCAUUGUGAAGGACAUGAUGAUGCCAAGGAUUUCGCAGAUAUUCGUUCGGCUAUGAAAGUUUUGAUGUUUGAAGAUUCUGAAAUCUUUGACAUUCUUAAAAUUCUGGCAGCACUUCUGCAUCUGGGCAAUUUAAAAUACCAAGAGGCGCAGAUCAACAACAUGGAUGCCUCCGAAAUCAUGGACCUGAACUGUGCCAAGAGAGCAGCCAAGAUGUUGGGGGUGGCGCCUCAAAACCUGGUGGAUGCCUUGACCACGAGGACCAUCUUUGCCCAGGGAGAGUCGGUCAUCUCCAGCAUGAAUGUCCAGAACUCGCUGGAUGUCAGGGACGCCUUUGUGAAAGGUAUCUAUGGGCGCAUGUUUGUCUUCAUUGUGGAGAAGAUCAAUGCUGCCAUCUAUAAGAAGAAUCUAGACAGACAUGAGAGGACCUCUAUAGGAGUGCUGGACAUCUUUGGGUUUGAGCUCUUUGAUAAGAAUAGCUUUGAGCAGCUUUGCAUCAACUUUGCCAAUGAGAACCUACAGCAGUUCUUUGUGCGCCACAUCUUCAAGCUAGAGCAGGAAGAAUACAAUAUGGAGGGCAUCAACUGGCAGCACAUUGAGUUUGUGGAUAACCAGGAAAUUCUGGAUCUGUUGGCAGUCAAACCCAUGAGCAUUCUGGCCUUGGUGGAUGAGGAGUCCAAGUUUCCUAAGGGCUCUGAUCGCUCUCUCCUGGAAAAGCUGCACAGACAACAUGGCAAGAACGUCCACUACCUAAGACCCAGGGCAGAGGUGAACCCAAUGUUUGGACUGAACCAUUUUGCUGGUGUGGUCUUCUAUAGCAUCAACGGUUUCCUAGAGAAGAACAGGGACACUUUUAGUCCAGAUUUGAUCCACUUGAUAGAGACAUCACAAUUUAAGUUUCUCAAGAAUUUAUUCUACAAAGAUAUGCAUAUGGGCCCAGACACUAGAAAGAGGAGCCCCACCCUUGGCUCUCAGUUCAAACGCUCCCUGGAGCUCCUGAUGAAGACCCUGGGAGCUUGUCAGCCAUUCUUUGUACGCUGCAUCAAGCCAAAUGAGUUCAAGAAACCAAUGCUAUUUGAUCGCGAGCUAUGUGUGCGACAGCUGAGAUACUCUGGUAUGAUGGAGACCAUCCGUAUUCGAAGGGCUGGCUAUCCCAUCAGGCAUACCUUCGCCAACUUCGUAGAUCGUUAUCGUUUCCUUGUUCCGGGGAUUUUACCACCACAUAAAAACCCCGACUGCAAGGCAGCUUCAAUGAAAAUCUGCCAAGUUAUUCUAGGAAAAGUUGAUUAUCAGCUGGGAAAGAGAAAAGUUUUCUUGAAGGAUGCCCAAGAUGUCAAACUGGAACAAGAGAGGGAGCUGGUACUGGGACAGAAGAUCCUGAUCAUACAGAAAUGUAUUCGUGGCUGGCACUGCAGACGGCGGUUCUUAAAGAUGAAGUCUGGCUCAGUUAUCAUUCAGAAAAUCUGGAGAGGGUAUGCACAGAGGAAGAGAUACUUGGCAAUGCGCAAUGGCUACAUGCGUCUACAAGCUCUGUACAGGUCUAGGAUUCUUACUGCUAGAUUCAGCGCACUCCGCGCCAUGAUGAUCAGCUUCCAGCGUUACUGCCGUGGUCAUCUGGCGAGGAAGAGAUACAACAAGCGUUUGUGGGCAGUGGUCACCAUUCAGGCUGGAGUCAGGAAGAUAAUAGCCAGGAGGAAGUACAGGAGACUGAAAAUGGAGAGACAAAAGCGUCUGGAAGCAGAGCGCAUCAGGAAGAUGGAGGAAGAGAAACUGAGGAAACAAAUGAAUGCCAAGAAGGCCAAGCAGGAGGCUGAGAGAUUGCACAAGGAACGCCUUUCCCGUAUCGAAAUGGAGGUGCACGAGGAGGAGCGUCACGAGAGGGAAGAGAAGGAAAAGAAAAAGUUCAUGAUUGAAGAAGCGGAGAGAAGGAAGAAUGAGCCAGUGGAUGAUUCCAAGAUGGUGGACCAGAUGUUUGGCUUCAUAGAUGCACAGACGGACUCUUCUGGAGAGGGGAAUGCUCCUGAGGGCUUCAAGGACUUUGAAGAGUCUCGUCGCAGAGCAAUUGCUGAAAAUGGCUGGGACAUAUCUGACCUCCCCCACGCAGAGUUUGAGCAAGAAGACCUCUCGGAGUAUAAAUUUGCCAAGUUUGCUGCGACUUACUUCCAAGGAAAUGCCACGCACACGUACAUUCGCCGUGCACUGAAGUUAUCACUGUUACAGUUGAAGAACGAAGGGGAUCAGCUGGCGGCUCUCGCGGUCUGGAUUACUAUCCUGCGCUUCAUGGGAGAUUUACCAGAGCCGAAGUACCACACAUCGCUGGCUGAUUCAAGGGACACCACCCCAGUCAUGACUAAGAUCUACUCCACCCUGGGAAGAAAAUUCAACAAGAAAGACUUGGAAGAUGCUCAGAGAAUGGGAGUCGAACUCGAAAAAGAACCCAUUCCUACCAAAGUAGGAAAACGAAGCAUGAGAAAGAAACUCGUGUCUCUGACCUUGAAAAAGAAGUCCAAGAUCACGGAAGAAGUUGCAAAUCGUCUGCGGGAUGGGGAGUACCAGGGCAGUGGCAAUGCAUUGUUGGAUGACAGGCCUACCUCAAACUUGGAGAAGCUGCAUUUCAUUAUUGGGCACGGUAUUCUGAGACCAGAAUUAAGAGAUGAGAUUUACAGUCAGAUCUGUAAACAGCUCAGCCAGAACCCCAGCAAGAGCAGUCAUGCCAGAGGAUGGAUCCUGCUGUCACUGUGUGUGGGAUGCUUUGCUCCAUCAGACAAGACACGACAAAACAAGUGCUUUGAAAACAGCUCUUGA